AUGAGGCAAGGCUUAAAGCAGAAACAAGAGAUCUUUAGGCCUGGAACUGUGGUGCGGAAAUUGUUCAACAUCACUCCUGUGGAGCCCGAUUACGGUGCCGAUUCUGAUGAUGGCGACGAGAUUGAUUCUGACUCCGAAACCCAAGUGUCGGUUGGUAUCACAAGUCAACUCGACACAGAUGAUCUUCCAAGUUUAAGGAGAAGAAAGUCAGAGACAUUCAGGGCACAGUACAUAAACACAAAGGAAAUAAGAAUAUGCGUUGGUACCUGGAAUGUUGGUGGAAAGGUUCCAUCUGGUGACCUUGAUAUUGAUGAUUGGAUUGAUAUGAAUGAGCCUGCUGACAUCUAUGUGCUUGGUUUUCAGGAGAUAGUACCAUUGAAUGCUGGGAAUAUUUUUGGUGCUGAAGAUAGUCGCCCAGUUCCAAAAUGGGAAAACAUCAUUUGUGACAUACUCAAUAGAAUUCGAACUGCAUUUACCAAAAUAAAAUCCUAUUCCGAUCCCUCAUCCCCGUCGAAGUUCAAGGCGUUCGACGAUGUCCCAACCAUAGAAGAAGAUAUAAUUCUCGAAAGCGAUAGCGAUAUCGGUGAAGAAAUUCAUACAUUAAAUGAAGAACCUAAUGGUGUUGAUGAAGCCAAUAAUGGUGCUAAACUUGAUAGGCCAGUAGUAGAACAUGAUUUGCUGAGGCAAUAUUAUUCUCCAAAGAGGUUAGAUAGAUUGAAUUGCUUGCGGAUGGAAGAUUGUGGUGAAAAUGCCAAGGCCUUAAUGAGUAAAGUCCGUAGCGGGUUCGGACAAGGUCGAAAACUAAAUAGAAUGCUUAUGAAGACCGAAAGGAUCGGUUUCAAGUGGCCUGAACCUCCAUUAAACUUGCUAUCUCGGCGUGUUUCGGGACGACCAAAGGCUUUGAAGCGGACCAACAUCAAACGUUUGGAAGCAAUCAAGUUUGUUCAACCAGAUAGUACAUGCAAGUCCAUAAAUGAUAAUAUUGCAUCAGAGAUAGCUGUGCUUGAAGAAGUGAACCUUGUAUCCCUCAUUAGUCGGAAACGAAGAUCAUCGUACGUAAAGAUAGUAAGUAAGCAGAAGGUCGGAAUUUUCCUCACGAUAUGGGUCCGUCGGAGUUUGCGCCGGCAUAUUUAUAAUCUGAAGGUGUCCACUGUCGGUGUUGGUGUCUUGGGCUACAUUGGUAACAAGGGAUCAGUAUCAGUGAGCAUGUCCAUAUAUCAAACACUGUUUUGUUUCAUAUGCACUCACCUGACAGCCGGAGAAAAACAAGGAGACGAACUUAAAAGAAACGCUGAUGUGCAUGACAUCCUAAGACGUACCCUUUUUCAUUCCUAUUCUACAUUAGGACUUCCCAGAGGUAUUCAUGAUCACGAAAGAAUAAUUUGGUUGGGUGAUUUAAAUUACCGUAUCAACCUAUCAUAUGAUGAAACAUGCGAUCUCAUCUCCAACAAAAAGUGGUCCGAGUUAAUAAAGCGAGAUCAGCUUGUCCAAGAGCUGCAGAAAGGUGGAACAUUCGAGGGAUGGUCCGAGGGUGUACUGGAUUUUGCACCAACAUACAAAUAUGAGGUAAAUUCAGAGAAAUACUAUGGAGAGGAUCCUAAGAUUGGGCGGCGAACUCCUUCAUGGUGUGAUCGCAUUCUUUCGUACGGUAAAGGAUUGAGGCAACAGAGCUACGGUCGGACCGAGCUUAAAAUUUCAGAUCAUCGCCCUGUUACCGCGACGUAUAUGGCCGAGGUUGAGGUAUUUGAUUCGAGGAGACUGCAGCGUGCUCUCACGUAUACCGAUGCUGAAAUCGAGAACGAGGGAGAUGCCGCUGAGGGUACCCAGAGACUGAUGUCUAAACCAGUCCGUUGAGAUGGAUUUGUUAUGCUUUUGAUCAAGGAACAUAGAUCAAUCUCUGUUUCUGAUCGAUGUAUAGGUCGAGUUGUGGUUAAUAUUCUCUUUCACAUUGAGAAUUGGAACCUCUAUAGGGAUUAGGGAUGUGAGAGAUGAAGUUGGAGCUUGAUUUAAAAAAAAAGUUAAAAGAGCUUGUUCAGUAAACCAUGUUUACUGAUUAUAAGAUUAUUUCGAUUCAUUUUACUUAAGUUAGAGAUUAAAAAAAUAAAUUAAACUAGUCAAUUUAAGUUUCUAGUAUCUGAUUUAUGCUCAUAUUAGAAACAGGCUUUAUUGAAAUACAAUAUCAGCAACAAAGGCAAAAGAUGCACUGCUCCAUUGUUCUACAAAGUGAAAACCCAAAAAGAAAA